GAGAGAUUCAGCCCUACGGGAGAAGACCCAGCUCCAAGGCAAACUGGAGAACCUAGAGCAGGUGCUAAAGCAUAUGCGUGAGGCUGCAGAGCGGAGGCAGCAGCUAGAGUUGGAGCAUGAGCAAGCCUUGGCUGUACUCAAUGCAAAGCAGCAGGAGAUUGACCUUCUGCAGAAGGCUCAGGUUGAGGCUAAGAAGGAGCAUGAGGGUGCCGUCCAUCUGUUAGAGAACCACUUGGACAGCAUGCAGGCCAAAGUCCGAGAGCUGGAGGAGAAAUGUCGGACACAGAGUGAGCAGUUCAACCUCCUGUCCAAAGAGCUGGAGAAGUUUCGGCUACAGACUGGAAAGUUUGAUAUCCUUGGCAGUGGCACCGAUCCCUUAACUGUGCGUGAAACCCCCGGAUCUCCCAACAAAUCCCUCUCCCAGCUCCUCAACGGGUUGGCUGCCCCCACAGGGAAAGGCAAUGAGAGUCCGCUGAGCAGAUCUGUGAUCUCUGAGUUCAUCCGACCACUCCAGAUCAGUGGGGACAAGCCGGAGCUCCUGUCUGUAAAGCCAACAUUCCUCACCCACAGCAGCAGCCGAGCUGGCAGCUCCCAACGGGCCGUCCUCACCGAGAUGGACAAAGAACUAAGCUCAACGACUAGGACCAAGAAGAGGUUCACAGGCAAGGUCCGUCUGUGCAUUGCCCGCUACAGUUAUAACCCCUGUAAUGGGCCCAAUGAGCAUCCUGAGGCAGAGCUCCCCCUGGUGGCAGGGAAGUACCUCUAUGUGUACGGGACCAUGGAUGAUGACGGCUUCUAUGAAGGAGAGCUGCUGGAUGGACAGCAGGGCCUCGUCCCUUCCAACUUUGUGGACUUUGUUAAGGAUGAGGAGAUGCCUUCUGCUCAGCACAGGGACGGGGCCAAAGAGUCAGGCUACCUCAGUAGUAACCACAGCAGCCUGGGCUCCACAGGGCGGGGGAGCAUGGGCCUGAGCAGCAUCAGCAGCCUGCUGUCUGACAGUAAGCUGGACCCGGAGACCAGCCUAGAGAGAAAUAUGGAGAGAAACCUGGAGAGAAACCUGGGGAGUAACCUCAGUUCCACUUUGGGUUCCACUCACUGUUCCACUCUGGGCAGCAACAUGGGUUCAACUCAUGGGUCCACUCUGGGCAGCCACAUGGGUUCCAGUCUGGGUUCCAGUCACGGUUCCACUGGCCUGGGUUCCAGUCUGAGCAGCACUCUGACUAGCCUGGGCAGCAGCAGCCUGGGCAUGGACUUUCUGGGCUCCAUGGGUUCCUGCAGCAAUGGGACGGGGACCCUGGAUGUCAGCAUUGACGAGAUUGGUGAAAACAUCGUGCCUUACCCUCGCCGCAUCAAUCUGAUCAAACAGCUGGCCAAGAGUGUGAUCGUGUGCUGGGACCCUCCGGUGGUGCCGCCCGGCUGGGGCUCCAUCAGUGGCUACAACGUCCUGGUGGACAAGGAGGUGAGGAUGAGCGUGCCCUUUGGGGGCAGGACAAAGUCGCUCAUUGAAAAGCUCAACCUGGACACCAACACCUACCGCAUCUCGGUGCAGAGCAUCACGGAGCGGGGCCCGUCUGACGAGCUACGCUGCACUCUGCUGGUGGGGAGGGACGUGGUGGUGGCUCCUUACUACCUGAGGGUGGACAACAUCACACAGACCUCUGCUGAGCUCUCCUGGCAGCCUAGCAACAGCAACUACAGCCACACCAUCUUCCUGAACGAGGCUGAGUAUGACAUGGUGAAGGCAGGGGCCUACAAGUACCAGUUCUUCCAACUGAAGCCCAUGACUGUUUACAAGGUGAAGGCUGUGGCGCGGACACACCAGAUGCCUUGGCAGCUGCCUUUGGAGCACAGAGAAAAGAGGGAGAUCUCUGUGGACUUCUGCACCCAGCCUGCAGGUCCUCCCUUCCCUCCCCAGGAGGUGCAGGUCCAGUUGGGCCAGAAACCUGGGGUGCUGCAGGUACGAUGGAAGCCCCCCCUCCUCACCCCCACUGGAACCUCCAAUGGAGCCAGCGUGAUUGGCUAUGCUGUGUGCACAAAGGGACAAAAGAUAGCGGAGGUGAUGUACCCUACGGCAGACUAUGUGACAGUGGAGCUGAACAGGAUCCAGUGUCUGGAGGCCAGGGAGGUCAUUGUCAGGACGUUAUCAGCACAAGGAGAGUCUCAGGACUCCCCCGUGGCCACCAUACCGCACAAUAUCCUGGGGCCUCCCCAUCACUCACCCCACCACCGCCCCCCUCCCCAACACCAGCCUUACCCCAUGUCUAAGCCCAAACUAGUAAGUGCCAGAGAGUCAGAAACCAAAGAGCAUCAGGCAGGCCUGCGGCCUGGCCCGCCCUGGGAACGCUCCCUCUCGCCCCUCCCUCCUCCCAUGUGUGGACACAGUCUGGAGCCGCCCCACUUCCAGGGGCGCCGUUCGCCCUCUCCUCAGAGGAUCCUGCCCCAGCCUCAGGGAGCCCCCAUCCCCAACACCAUCGCCAAGGCCAUGGCCAGGGAAGCUGCACAGAGAGUGUUCGCUGAGAGUAACCGGAUUGAGAAGAGGAACAUCUUCAGUGAGCGGAGCGUGAACUCUGAUGAGGAGGAGGAUGGUUAUGACUCUCCCCACACCAGGAGGAGAGGGGCCUCUGUGGACGAGUUCCUCAGAGGCUCUGAACUAGGGAGACAUGUACGGCUGGUCGUCCCCCCUAUUUCCCAGCACCACUACAGCCACAGUGAAGAGUACCAGACAGAGAGCAGCCGCGGCUCAGACCUGUCUGACAUCAUGGAGGAGGACGAGGAGGAUCUGUAUUCUGAGAUGCAGCUGGAGGAGGGCCGUCGACGCAGCAUCAACUCUCACAACACUCUCAAGAUUAUAGGUGACUCCCCCUCCCAUGGAUGCUCCCAUGGCGACCGGCUGGACCAAAAAGGGAGGAGGCCGGUCCACGGUGGCAAUCCCCCACAGCGACGGCCCAUGAUGGUUCCUUCCAUUGAUGGGUACGGCGGGCAUGGCUGCGGGCAGGGCCGAGGGCGCCGGUCGCCAGAGUACUACGAGGAGUCGGAGCCAGAGGACCUGGCGCGUAUAUUUGUGGCCCUGUUUGACUACGACCCUCUGUCCAUGUCCCCCAACCCUGAUGCUGCUGACGAGGAGCUGCCCUUCAAAGAGGGCCAGAUCAUCAAGGUGUUUGGGGAUAAGGACACGGAUGGUUUCUACAGGGCAGAGAUCCGUGACCGUCCAGGUCUGAUCCCCUGUAACAUGGUGUCAGAGAUCCAGACUGAGGAUGAUGAGAUGAUGGACCAGCUACUCAAACAGGGCUUCCUCCCACUCAACACUCCUGUAGAGAAAUUAGUGAACUGCGACCGCUUCAAAGAUGGCCGCUCAAUAAACCGCAGGUCUCGAAAAUCCAAGCGAGAGAGGAACAGGCGGAGUGGGCGUCAGCACCACUCGUCCACACGUAGAAUGGUGGCCCUGUAUGACUACGACCCCAGGGAGAGCUCCCCCAACGUGGAUGUGGAGGCUGAACUGACAUUCUGCGCUGGUGACGUCAUAACAGUUUUUGGUGAAAUUGAUGAAGAUGGGUUUCAUUAUGGCGAGCUCAAUGGACACAAAGGUCUUGUUCCCUCCAACUUUCUAGAAGAAGUGCCUGAUGAUGUUGAGGUUUUUCUCACUGACACUCCAUCUCGAGAAUCUCGAUACCCCCAGGACGCUGCAGCGCGGAUAAAGACCAAAAGGGUUCCAUUGGAAAAAUCGAGUCCGCCCAGAAGAGCCGCCUACCCCACAGUGCGCCAACACAUCCCCGGCUCUGGCCCUGCUACCGUGGGGCCUGGCAGUCCCAUUAGGAGACCCCACGACUUGUCCUCCAAAAAGAAAAAGGGACUGCUCUCCAAAGGGAAGAAACUAUUGAAAAGACUUGGCACUGUAAAAUAACCCCUUCAUAUACUUGAAGUAUAUUACCAAACACAUCAUAGAGGGCUCUAUUCAGUCUGUAAUGCUGAAGCGGUACAGAUUCCGCGAUAGAAAUGUAAAGGUCAUUUCCGAUUGAGCCGACAUAAACAACGUUUACCGUGAAUGCAGUCUCCGCUAAAGCGGGAACAUUGCCUUUAAAUUUAAAUCAGGCAGUAAAGCUGAAUUUCCUCGAUGCAGAUUGAAUAGAGCCCUAAAUCUCAAACACUUCCAUUCCUGUAUGUUCAGCCCUGUGAGAAGAAAAAAUACAGUGGUCAAGGAUUUUGAUGGCAUUUGACAACUAGUCAAAUGCUGUGCUCUUACACAUCUGUUGUUGUAUACUAGAAACCAUUUAUUUUUUAAUUGCAGUACGUAUUUCGAAUACCGUCCAGGGACCUCAUAGUUUGACAUUUAAUGUCAUAAGCCAACCUCUCUGGUCAUGUAUAUUUUGCUAUCUGAAGCACAGGACUGCAACACGAUGUGAUAAGAUAUUCUCCAUUUUGAAUAGGCCAAUAGGUACAUAGGUGUGUGUUUGACUGUAGACUACAAUGUCCCCCAGAAUUAGGUGUUUAAACCAGUCUCUUUAGGGCUGAGAUCAAACGAUAGACCUCAGAAUGGCCAGUCAACAUCAUACUUGAUGAGACUACUACUGGUGGCCCACCCUAACCAUACACUUCAUAUUGUAGUACUCAUAAUGAGGCAAGGAAAAUAGCAGUUUUAUGGCCAGGCAGCUGAGGUCAUUGUAUGGGAACUGUAUGGGAGGUUUGCAUGUUUUACCGAAAGCACAUCCAGAAUGAUCAUUCCCACUCAACGUUUGAAAGCACAUGCUAACUGAUGGCCUUUUCUAUCAGAACAUGUUAGCAAGGCACAUGUGCAUGCUUUGUCGGUGCAUUUGAUGACAGAAUCUACAUUGUUUGAGCAAAAUGUACUAAAUUAAUUGCAGUAGUAAAAAGCAUGCAAUCGUUUUCUUUACCUCCAUACAGAAUAUUCCAUACAAAUCUAAUUGUCAGAUUGGUUCUCAGUUCAACUCGAGCCAAGGUACAGUGCCUUGCAAAAGUAUUCAUCCCCCUUGGCGUUUUUCCUAUUUUGUUGC